AUGAAAGCUCACUUACAUGAAUCGAAAUACAACUUAAAACGUAAUGUAUUCGCUAAACAAAUGUAUUUCUAUUCCAAACCUCGACACGUGCCCAGCAAUAGUGUUAUCGAUAUUUCCCGUUCUGCUCAUCGUUCAAAACAUGUUCUCUCCAAACACAACUACAAUCAUAAUCGUGCACGUUCAUCUUCUUUCGUAUCUCAUCAUCGGUUGUGUCAUUCUCAUAGUGACGAUAGUCUCGAGAAGGACUUCAUUGAAAGUACAAAAGAAACAGUCGAAAAACUUUUUGUUCGAACAAAGUUUAAUCAAAUGUUGGAUCAAAUCCAGGACACACUACAACCGAUUACCGAACAGCUACGACAACGAAUUGAACGCAAACAACGUUUGUCAAAACAAGAUCAACUUCUCUGUAUGAAAUCUUGUGCAAAAUUCCUUGUUGAAGCAAUACUCAGCGAACAUUGGCAUUUCGAUAACAAUUUUUCAGAGCUUUAUGAAUUGCAACAUGCUCUUAAUCAUUCACUUCCAGCUAACAACAUCGAUACUAUUGUACAGACCAAUCAACAACUAGAAAACGAUUUUAUGCAGUUACAUAUUGACAAAACUCUUGAAAAAGCUGACACACCUAUUUCAACGCUUCGGAAAGAUUCAAAAAGAUCAUCUGGAGGAAAAUCUUUUCAACCAACAGAUCAUCUCACUCGUCAACAAAUUCGCCAUCGUUCUGUUUCCUCUGCAUUCCAAAAACUCAAUGCUGAUUUACAAAAACUGCAUCAUGAAACUCCAUUCAAAUCUCAUUUAACUAAAUAUCAUAAGCACAAUCACGAAUAA